ACAGAGAGAGAGAGAAAGUUAUUACUGUUGAGAUUUGAUUUCAGAACAAUAACACAUACAUGCGUAUGUACAACAAUGAGGAAAAUAAUAAUUAAUCUUCUUCUUCCUCAUCUUCAUCAACCGCUUCUUCCCAUUUGUGCUUUCGUCAUAAUUAUUUUCUGUCUUUUUGUCAACACCGCCGCCGCUGCCGGAGAACAAAACAGCACCACCCCCUUCUCUCCCAUUACGGAAGCUAUCUCCCCUGCAGGGACGAUUCAACAAGAAGCUGCUGCUAGUAGAAAACCAGCACAUAUGGGUAGUUCCAACAAAAAAUUGUUGAUACCACUACUUAUUGCUGCUGCUUCCAUUGUUCUGGGCGGCGGACUUGUUUUUUUCCUUCUUUUCUACAUUUACUAUUACCGCAAAUCCAACCUCCACAAACAUCAACAUAGCACUUGUUUGAGUAGAAAGAGAUCUGUGAGUGUAAUGGAGUACAAAACCUUAGAAUUAGCCACAGAUAAUUUUCAAGAAAGCAACAUUUUGGGUUCCGGUGGAUUCGGAUGCGUAUACAAAGCCAAGCUUCAACCCAACUUUUAUGUUGCUGUCAAAAGACUUGCUGCCGGUCAUCCAGAUUCUAUUACUGAGUUUCAGACUGAAGUAGACAUAUUGAGUAAAAUCGAGCAUCCGAAUAUAAUAAGUUUAUUGGGUUAUAGCAUUCUUGACCAGACUAGGCUUCUUGUUUACGAGCUCAUGCCCUUUGGAUCUCUCGAAACUCAGUUACACGGACCUUCAAGGGGAUCCGCAUUAACAUGGAACUUAAGGAUGAAAAUCGCCCUCGACAUAGCAAGAGGACUUGAAUAUUUACAUGAGCACUGCCAUCCACCAGUUAUUCAUAGAGAUCUGAAAUCAUCUAAUAUACUUCUUGAUUCAAACUUCAAUGCCAAGCUUUCGGAUUUCGGGCUAGCUGUAGUGGAUGGACCGCAGAAGAACAAAAACAAUAUAAAGCUAUCAGGAACUUUGGGUUACGUAGCUCCUGAAUAUCUUCUAGAUGGUAAGUUAACAGAUAAAAGUGAUGUAUAUGCAUUUGGAGUAGUACUGCUGGAGCUUCUACUAGGAAGAAAGCCUAUGGAGAAAAUGGCUGAUCACUGCCAGUCUAUAGUCACAUGGGCGAUGCCUCAGCUGACAGAUAGAACAAAACUGGUGAAGAUCGUGGAUCCUGCGAUCAGAGACACUAUGGAUUUGAAGCACUUAUACCAGGUGGGGGCUGUAGCAGUGUUGUGUGUGCAAGGGGAAGCAAGUUAUCGACCAUUAAUAACAGAUAUUUUGCAUUCACUUGUGCCUCUUGUCCCUCUUCACCUUGGUGGCACUCUCCGAGAUAUUGCCACAAUUAGUGCACUAUAAUUUUACGUAUAUAUCUUUUUGGCAUGUAUAGUGAUUAGUGAAUGUUAACGAUGCUGUUAGGUUCGGUUGUCUGCUUAAUUACAUAUUCUAAUCAUCAUUUAUGGUUAUAUUAAACUGCAGUCAGCACCAUUGUGCUUGAACAAAUAAUUAUUUUCAUGCUGUUUUUAGAUGAGCUUUUAGUUUGCCGUUGCUUAAUGUGAUAAUUUGUUUUUGCCGUA